UACUGUACAGAAAAGCAGAAGCCUCUAAGCAGAAGACAGAACGGAAAAAUGGUCAAAUGGUUAUGGUGAAGGGUUAAGCCAUGGGUAAUGCUGCUGGAGCUUUAGGGCGAUUCGUUACGAAAAAAGCACGUCGCUUUAAUGUCGAAAGUAGAACUGAAAGAUAUUUGGAAAAGAAUGUUAAAAACCCUGCACCCAAGCCUGCCGCUACUCAAAGAGAGAUUGAGCAACUUCAGCGAGAAAUGCCAGAUUUAAUGCAGAAAAUAAAUAAGCGCAAUGAAGAACUUCUUACUAGAUUAAAGAAGGUUUAUGUAUCUUCAGAGGAUCCGCCACUUGACAAAAUAGAGGCAGAUGCCAAUCCAAACAGACCACUUCCUCUCCAACGUAAAACUGAAUAUCUUGAAUAUGGUUAUGUAGAACCUGAGUCUGUAACGCCCGGACGGUUGACUUUGAAGCAAGCUUUACAAUUACUUUCAAAAUAUCAAUUAGAUAAAGAAAAGGACAGCAUUAAAAGCCUUGCACUUCAGUAUAAUUUAAGUGAGAAGGAUGUAGGCAAUUUGGUUGAUUAUUUUAAAGUUUAUACUCUUGUUGAAAAUACUGUGCAACAAAGUGGAUAUGAUGUUAAUCCUUACACCAUUCUGAAUGACCCCAAUGACAAGAUUCCUAUCAAUUUAAUGAAUCUACCAGAGGAAACAAAGAAGUUCCAGGCAGCUGUUCAAAAGUUCUCUGAUGCUGCCACUGAGAGGUCAUUAGGCACAUCUGAGAAUAAUUCCAAGAAUAGUUCCCAGGACAAGAAUAGUUCCCAGGACAAGAAUAGUUCUAAGAAUAAUUAGAACCUGCUCCUCUCAAGAUUACCUGAAGUGCCCAGUUGUUUAUAAAUAUAAAGUAGUGGUGGCAACGUG